AUGAAGCUGCUGCGCUUGCUGUGCCGCCACAAGACGGCCCUGGGCCUGGGCGGCCUGUUGCUCUUCGCCGCGGUCCUGCUUUACCUGGCCAAGUGCACCUCCGAGGGCCUCCGGCCUCUGCCAGCCCCCCGCGGGCUCCCGCACAACCAGCCUGCAGCCCUGCCGCUGCGGGGUGCCAGGGGGCCGCAUCCCCCAGCAGCCCCACCGCCCUCCCCUGAGGAGACGGCCUUCCUGGCCGUGCUGAUUACGAGCGGCCCCAAGUACAGCGAGCGUCGCAGCAUCAUCCGCAGCACGUGGCUCUCGGCCGCUGGGCGCCCCCCCCACGAUGACAUCUGGAGCCGCUUUGUGAUCGGCACGGGUGGGCUCGGGGCAGAGGAGCUUCGUAGCCUGGAGCUAGAGCAGAGCCGGCACAGAGACCUUCUCCUUCUGCCAGAGCUGCGGGAUUCCUACGAGAACCUGACUGCUAAAGUCCUGGCCACGUACGUCUGGCUGGAUCUGCACCUGGACUUUCAGUUUGCCCUGAAGGCUGACGACGAUACCUUCGUACGCUUGGAUGUGCUUGUGGAAGAGCUGAGAGCCAAGGAGCCGCGUCGCCUCUAUUGGGGCUUCUUUUCUGGCCGCGGUCGAGUGAAAUCUGGCGGCAAAUGGAAAGAGAGCGCCUGGGUGCUCUGUGACUACUAUCUACCUUAUGCUCUGGGUGGUGGUUAUGUGAUUUCUGCAGAUCUGGUGCACUAUUUGCGUCUUAGCAGAGACUACCUGAACAUGUGGCAGAGUGAAGAUGUCUCCCUGGGAGUGUGGCUGGCUCCCAUUGAUGUGAAGAGAGUGCACGACCCUCGUUUUGACACUGAGUAUAAGUCACGAGGUUGCAACAAUAAGUACAUAGUAACUCAUAAGCAAAGCAUCGAGGACAUGCUGGAAAAGCACCAGACCCUGGCUAAAGAAGGAAAGCUCUGUAAGGAAGAGGUUAAGCUCAGGCUUUCCUACAUGUAUGACUGGGGAGUGCCUCCUUCACAGUGUUGCCAAAGGAAGGAUGGCAUCCCGUGAAAGUCUGAGGAAGGAAAAGGCAGAAUGUUGAUGGACUCUGUGAGCUUGGUUACUGUUCCUUGGGGAGAAUCCCAGUAACUAGGGCUUAAAAAUUACUCAAAAGAUUUUGCACGAUUCAUUAUGUCACGAUCAAUGAAACCCUGAAACUCCUCAGAGCUACUGAUGUGGCAUGAUGUAGAGAUGUUUAAAAAAAGAAAAAAACAAACAGAUGACAAAAAGCAUGGAAAGGCUCAUAUGACAGGAUUGAAGGCAAAUAAUAGGUUGCAAAAUGUGGAUAGUACAAAAAAUUUGGGGCAGAGAACUUGAAUGAAAAGUUGCUGGAAGAUUUUUAACAGAUUCUAAGAUUUGUUUGCUAAAGAUCAUGAACAGGCCUUUAUGCUAUCUAUAAGAUUGUGAAACUAGCAUCUGCUGUUUAUUUCUUGGCAAGGAAGAAGUGUCAGUUUGGCAAGGUUUGAAGAUUCUAAUGGGGUCGCAAAUCAGCUGCUAUUGCCAGUGGGACCAGGUGGCUGGUUAUUGACACAAGCAGUCAAGUAAAGGGAACAAUUUUACCUAGGAUAAUUGCGUUAGGGGAGGGAGAGCCUCGGUUCUUUGGCGAGUGCUCCGAUUUACAAGAAUGGAAUUAUUAGACCUUCUGUGUGACUUGUCUGUAAGCUUUUUGUUGUUUUAAAGACAUCAUGUACAUAAAUUACCUGGCAGCUACGGAGUAAGUCUAUAUUUAGAAAGGUGGAUGAGUUAUGGUAUUUGGCAGAUACAGAAUAUAUUAUUUUGGGGGCAAAUAGCUAUGGUACAAAGCUAGCCUUCAGUUGUUAGGUAUAGGUGUUGUUCUUAGCUUAUCUUCCAAACACACUGUGUAUGAAGAAACAUUUCCCCUCCCAACAGUAAGUAAUCUCACUGACUACUACAAGGUCAGACGUUUGAGGCUUCAGAUUUAUAUUGUUCUGGAUUACUUCUGUGAAAUGCAAAUUAACAGGAUUAGAUCAGUGGAAGCUAUUUGGAGUUCAAACAAGAUUGACCUAACAUGGGUUACUCAGCUAAGAAAGUAAACUCUGUAUGUAGUCGAGAGAAAUAGGUUCCCCCACCCCCCAAAUUCCUGUCUGAGGACAACCUUGUCUCUCUUUUCGGGAGAUACGUUGCAAUCUAAGGAGACUAAUCCCCCAACAGCCACGUUUAGGUGCCCGAAGCUAGACUGUGUGAAUCCCCUCCUUCUCUCCAGUAGCACCUUUUAGUGGAACUAAAAAUAAUUUCACAGGUGAUCUAAGUUAAUUGCUCAAGUGAUAUGUCAGUAAAUGGAAUUAUGUCCCUUAGUCCUGUCUACACUACAAAUAAUACUCGUACUGACAGAGCUUGUCAGCAUCAGAUGCAGUAUUGAACAGUAAACGGAGACAGGACAUUCUUGGCUGUAGAACAGAUCACUUACACAAUUUCACCAUGUUAUUUAUCGUCAAACCUUUAGGUAAGCCUGUAAUUCAAACAUUUUUGAAUGGCAGGUGCUCUAAUACACCACAGAAACACUUUUUUUCCAGUACUAGUAUAGAGCUACUGACUUCCAGUAACCUUUGUCAGCUACAGAUCUUUCAGUAUAAGCAGAGUUUUUACUUUUAUGCCUGAAGGGCAUUCAUAAUUGUCAGUUUUACUGUUUGUUGCACACUGCACUUUCAUACAAUUUCAUUUCCUCCU